CCCCUCGACCCAACGAUCUCUCCAUCGAGUCGGUCCCAACCCUUGAAAUCAUCUCCUUCGUAUCGCCGACUGCGCGAACCCCAGAAAACCUACCCAUCGCGUCAAGAUCUCCGCCGAUCUCCGUCGAUUUGUCGGAUUCCGAUCGAUCGACCCCGUAAAGCUCUCGCCUUUACCUUGCUUUAUUUUUUGGGGGGCCUCAGAUCGCAGAUGCCCGCGGCCGAUUCUUGAUCGGCGCCGCCGCCUUGCGGCGAGGGAGGUUUUUCUUCUUUGUAUGGAAACACGUAGCCGGAAGCGGGCGGAGGCCUCCUCGUCGGCGCCCUCUUCUCAGACAUCACCCGUCACUCGCCGCGCCAAACGCUCCCGCACCGCCACUGCUUCUUCCCAGGCUCCCCCGGCCCUCUCUACGCGCUCACGCCGUUCCCAGAACCUUCCGUUGUCUCCUCCCUCCUUCUCGUCUUCUGCUGCUGCUGCCGCCGCCACUGUCACUGCCCCUCCCAUGGACUCCUCCGCUGGAGAUUCCAUCGGUCGUCGCCGUCGCAGCUCCGGCAAGAGUCACCAGUCCUCUGCUGACCGCGAUCGGGAUGCUGCCGACAGAGGGAAGGAGGCGGGGGCAUCCAGGUCCAGAGACAGGGAUAGGGACGCCGAGAGGAUGUUAGGGUUGAGUUUUGAUGGCGGAGGAGCUGACGAUGAUAACGAUGGCGAGGGUAGUCUCGGUAUCCUCCAUCAGAAUCUGACAUCAGCUAGCAGCGCCCUUCAGGGGCUUCUUAGGAAAUUGGGUGCUGGUUUUGAUGAUCUCUUGCCGCCGUCUGCCCUGUCAGCCUCUUCCUCACAGCAGAGUGGGCGACUGAAAAAGAUCUUAGCUGGUCUUCGUGCUGAUGGCGAGGAGGAUAAGCAGUUUGAUGCCCUGAACCAGCUCUGUGAGAUGCUGUCCAUCGGAACUGAGGAUUCUCUUGGGUCGAUAGCGAUGGACUCAUUUGUGCCAGUGCUUGUGGGACUUCUUAACCACGAGAGCAACCCUGACAUAAUGCUACUUGCGGCCAGGGCCCUCACCUACUUGUGUGAUGUCCUGCCUGCUUCAUGCACGUCUGUUGUUCGAUAUGGUGCUGUUCCUUGCUUCUGCGCCCGCCUUCUCACUAUAGAGUACAUGGACCUAGCUGAACAGUCACUGCAAGCUCUGAAGAAGAUAUCACAAGAACACCCAACAGCUUGUUUACGUGCUGGUGCGCUUAUGGCAGUGCUGUCUUACCUAGACUUCUUUUCCACAGGAGUUCAGAGAGUGGCUCUCUCCACUGCAGCAAAUAUGUGCAAGAAACUCCCAUCCGAUGCAGCUGAUUUUGUCAUGGAAGCAAUUCCAUUGUUGACCAACCUUCUUAACUAUCAUGAUGCAAAGGUUGUAGAACAUGCUUCUGUUUGCCUGACAAGAAUUGCAGAAGCAUUUGCAUCGUGCCCUGACAAACUAGACGAGUUAUGUAAUCAUGGAUUGCUUGCACAAGCAGCAGGACUGAUUUCCCUCAGCAAUUCAGGAGGACAAGUCUCUCUGAGUACUUCUACAUAUACGGGUUUAAUCCGUCUCCUUUCAACUUGUGCUAGUGGAUCUCCUCUAGCAGCUAAAAGCCUUCUUCUUUUAGGAAUUAGUGGUACUCUUAAAGAUAUUCUUCUGAGUUCUGCACUUGUUUCUGGUUCUUCUGUUUCACCUGCCAUGACUAGGCCACCUGAGCAGGUUUAUGCAACAGUGAACCUUGUAGAUGAACUUCUGCCUUCCUUGCCCAUUGGAACAGUUUCUUUGCCAAUGCUCUCUAAUGUACUUGUGAAAGGAACAGCUACCAAAAAUUCUCUUGCUUGCACUUCUAGCAAGCAUGAUGGAUCUAGUGAAACUACUACAGAAGUAUCAGCUCAUGGGAAAUUAUUGCAAGAGCAACCUGAACUUCUGCAGCAAUUUGGAAUGGAUCUGCUUCCUGUUAUCAUACAAGUGUAUUCUUCCAGUAUAAGCGGUCCUGUUCGUCAUAAAUGUUUGUCUAUUAUUGCAAAGUUGAUGUAUUUCAACUCAGCGGAUAUGAUCCAGACAUUGCUUACUGUUGCAAACAUAUCUAGUUUUAUAGCUGGCAUUUUAGCAUGUAAAGACCCACAAUUGUUGAUUCCUGCUCUUCAGAUUGCAGAGAUUCUUAUGGAUAAGCUUCCUGGAACAUUUUCCAAGAUGUUUGUCAGGGAGGGGGUUGUUCAUGCUGUUGAUGCACUAAUACUUUUAGAAUCUUCAAGUGUUGUUCCUUCUCUUCCGCCAAUCUCUGAAAAGGACAGUGAUCCUUCUCCUGGAAUACCUUGGCGUUCUCGUCGUAAUCAACGACGGAAUGGUGCUUCCAACACGGAAAAUAACUCACCCUAUGACUCAAAAGGAUCUAUAUCAGAAGUUUCUAAUUCUCCAACUACAAGCGAAGCGCCAUUGGCAAAUUUAAAUUUUCGUUCUACAGUUAGUUCCCUCGCCAAGGCUUUCAAAGAUAAGUAUUUUCCAGUAGAUGCCGAUGCAACUGAAGCCGGAUUCACUGAAGAUCUCAUUCGUCUGAAAAAUCUUUGCUCUAAGUUAAAUGCCAUUGUUGAAAAUGCAAAGAAAAAAACUAAAGGUAAAGCUAAAGCCUCUGGGGUGUACUCCUUUGAUUUAUCUGCUAGUAAUGAGGAACAACUAAAUGAAGUGAUAGCAGAGAUGCUGUUUGAACUUCAAAAAGGUGAUGGUGUAUCCACUUUUGAGUUUAUUGGCAGUGGGGUUGUUUUGGCAUUGUUAGACUAUUUUACUUGUGGGACAUUUGAGAAAGAGAAAGUUUCUGAAGCCAAUUUGCCAAAGUUUCGGCAACAAGCUCUCCGAAGGUACAAAUGUUUUGUUGCAACUGCUCUUCCUUUGGAACCCAAGGAUGGUAGCAAAAUUCCAAUGAGCAUUUUGGUCCAAAAGCUUCAAAAUGCUUUAUCUUCUUUAGAACAUUUUCCAGUUGCAAUAAGCCCAUUGGCUAGGUCUAGUUAUGGAAGUGCUCGCUUCUCCUCUGGUUUAGGGGCUUUAUGUCAUCCUUUUAAGCUGCGUUUAUGCCGUGCACAAGGUGAAAAAUCUCUUCGUGAUUAUUCAUCAAAUGUUGUGCUUAUUGAUCCACUAGCUAGUCUCGCUGCUGUUGAAGACUUCCUCUGGCCAAGAGUUCAGCGAAGUGACUCAGCACAUAAGUCAUCUUCAUCAGCUGGCAAUUCUGAUCCUGUAGCUGCUGUUACUUCUGGAUCUGCUGCUCCAACACCAUCAACUCCUGGACACCGUCCUUCAACCAGGUCUAGAUCAUCAGUUACAAUUGGAGUUCCAGCUAAAAAAGAUGUUUCAGAAGUAAGUGCAAGUUCUUCUAAAGGGAAGGGUAAAGCUGUUGUGAAAUGUAGUGCAGAUGAAUCAAGAGGACCACAAACAAGAAAUGCUGCCCGCAGAAGAGCUGCUUCAGACAAAGAGACAGAAAUAAAAACUUCACACAGCGAGUCUACCUCUGAGUGGUUUAUGCAGGAUGAGUUGGACAUGUCUCCUGUUGAGAUGGAUGACACACUUAUGCUUGUAGAUGAUGACAUCUCUGAUGAGGAAGAUGAUCAUGAAGAGGUAUUGAGAGAUGAUUCUCUUCCUGUUUGUAUACCCGAUAAGGUACAUGAUGUCAAGCUUGGUGAUGCCUCUGAUGAAGGUGCAGCUGAUUGUUCAGCAACUGAUAAUCAGGUAAAAUCAAUAUCCACCUUGAAUGACAGGUCUGCCACCGAAAGAGCCACAGAAUCUUCUGAGUUUCGAAGAGGAAGUGUGUUCGGUUCAAGGGGAGCAAUGUCAUUCGCUGCAGCUGCAAUGGCAGGCCUUGCUUCGAUAGGUGGAAGAGGUAUAAGAGUUGGCCGAGAUUAUCGUGGACUUGCCUCGGGUAGUAGUUCAAGUGACCAUCAGAACAAGCUGAUAUUCACAGUUGGGGGAAAGCAGCUUAGCAAGCACUUGACUAUUUAUCAAGCUUUCCAGCGCCAACUUAAUAUGGAUGAGGACGACGACGAGAAGCUCAACGGAUCUGAAUUCCCUAGUGAUGACAAUAGCUUCUGGAGUGAUAUAUUUAUGAUAACAUACCAAAAAGCUGAUGGGCAGGCUGAAAAAACUUCACAAGGAUGUUCAAAUUCUUCGAAGUCUUUCAAACCUGCAUCUACUUCUGAUUUCGUUAGUCACAAAAAAUUUCAAGGAAUGUCCCUUCUUGAUAGCAUCUUGCAAGGGGAGCUUCCUUGUGAUCUUGAAAAAAACAAUCCCACAUAUAAUGUAUUAGCAUUAUUACGUGUCCUGGAUAGCUUAAAUCAGUUGUCAGCCCAUCUGAGAACCCAGGCCAUUACUGAUGAUUUUGCAGAAGGAAAGAUUUCUAAUUUGGAUGAAAUUUAUAGAAAUGGUCCGAAGGUAUCACCUGAGGAGUUUGUGAAUAGAAAGUUAACUCCAAAGCUGGCUCGGCAAAUGCAGGAUGCUCUUGCCCUUUGUAGUGGAAGCCUUCCUCCAUGGUGCUACCAGUUGACAAAAGCAUGUCCUUUUCUUUUCCCAUUUGACACCAGGAGGCAAUAUUUCUAUUCAACAGCUUUUGGCCUUUCUCGAGCAUUGCAUCGACUUCAGCAACAACAGAAUUCUGAUAAUCAGAAUUCAACUAGUGAAAGAGAGGUUCGAGUUGGCAGACUGCAAAGACAAAAGGUUCGUAUAGCCAGAAACCGUAUCUUGGACUCUGCUGUAAAGGUUAUGACAAUGUAUGUUAGUCAAAAAGCUGUCCUUGAAGUAGAAUAUUUUGGUGAGGUAGGCACUGGACUGGGCCCGACAUUGGAAUUCUAUACCCUUUUAAGUCAUGAUUUGCAGAAGGUUGAAUUGGGUUUAUGGAGGACCAACACUACAUCAGAGAGUUCUGUAAUGCUAAUCGAUGUAAAUGGAACAGAUAGUAGAGAGAAUGAUGAUAGUUUACAAGAAAAGAAAGCAGUCAAUGAUUUGCCUGUUGGAAGACAGGAUAUCGUACAAUCUCCUCUUGGUUUAUUCCCUCGUCCUUGGCCUCCUGGUGCAGAUGCUUCAGAUGGUAGUCAGUUUUCAAAGGUUAUAGAGUAUUUUCGUUUGGUUGGUCAGACUAUGGCAAAAGCUCUACAAGAUGGCCGACUUCUGGAUUUGCCACUUUCAAUGGCAUUCUACAAACUUGUGUUGGGCCAAGAGCUUGAAUUGCAUGACAUUCUCUUAUUUGAUGCUGAGUUUGGAAAGAUAUUGCAAGAAUUGCAAGCCCUUGUACUCCACAAACAAUUUCUGGAUUCAAAUGCUGGUAAUAAUCAAAUGGCAAUUGCAGAUUUACAUUUCCAAGGUGCCUCAAUUGAAGACCUGUGCUUAUAUUUUACCCUUCCUGGUUAUCCUGAAUACAUUCUUAAAGAUGGAGGGGAAAAUAUCAUGGUUGAUGUUAACAACUUGGAAGAGUAUGUUAGUUUAGUAGUUGAUGCAACUAUUAAGACAGGCAUUAUAAGACAGAUUGAAGCAUUUAGAACCGGUUUCAAUCAGGUCUUUGACAUCUCCUCUUUACAAAUAUUUUCUCCACAUGAACUUGACAUCCUAAUCUGCGGUCGGAUAGAACUGUGGGAGCCUGACUCUCUAGUGGAUAAUAUAAAGUUUGACCAUGGGUACACUGCUAAAAGUCCUGCAAUUAUUAAUUUACUUGAGAUAAUGGGUGAAUUCACAGCAGAGCAGCAGCAUGCUUUUUGCCAAUUUGUAACUGGUGCUCCAAGGCUUCCACCUGGUGGUUUAGCAGCAUUAAAUCCAAAGCUGACCAUAGUUAGGAAGCUUUCUGCAGCCGCAGUUAACCCGACGUCUAACGAGAAUGGGGUCUCUGAAUCGGUGGAUGAUGAUUUGCCUAGUGUUAUGACCUGUGCAAAUUACCUCAAACUCCCACCCUACUCAACUAAGGAAAUCAUGCACAAAAGAAUCCUUUACGCCAUCAGCGAAGGCCAGGGUUCCUUUGAUCUCUCGUGAGCUUGAAACAAGAUCAACAAAAGAUUCGGUAUCGUUGUGUCAACUGCUGAUUUUGGUGGAUGUCGCUAAUGCCAGAGGAUUUAUUAUCAGGCCGAAUCAAUUAUAUUUUGUUUUGUAUAUUCUCAUCUAUAGAUGUAAUUAUCUGACUAUGCCCCGUUCUUCAGUGACGACACUUUUCUGUUUUCCAGAAAAUGCAAGUUUUUCACAGCUAUUAACUGAUUCAACGCUUCAAGAAUGACUGCAUCUUAUAUAUGGAAAUAAAGGGGGUUGUUCUCCCUUUACAUGGUGUGAAA